ACAUGUACCGUUAAGCGAUUUCCGAACGAAUACAAUUCUUUCAUUCGAGUUUUCUGUUUUUGACAUUGACAGUUGAAAAAUUGUUUGGCCGCAAACGUCACAACAAUACGCGAAACGCGAAAAGUAAACAGUUUAUUAGUGUUUUUAAAUAUUUAAUUGUGUAAAUAGGUUAAGAAACAAGGUAAUUAUAAGGUUUAGUGAGCUUCGUAAGACCCACGCCCAUCGCUUGAGUUUUUACUGUGAUGGAAACAGAACGAGCGCUCUCUCCUUACAAUACAGUUAUUUGUUAGCUUCGAGUUUAACUUAAUAAGUAAUAAUUUACUUACAAUGGUUUAAAUUGUGCUCAAACUGAAACAAAACAUCUUAGAAAGCAGUAAUUGUAACUUAAUUGCCGCAACGCGGAGGUUAUGAAGUCGAUCUAAAUUCGAUGGAAUUAGUUUAAAACAAUAUGGCACUCUCCUAUUUCUUUAUAAGAUCAUCUCUCCUAGAAGAGGAGGAUGACGAUUGUGAACGGGCCCGCAAACGUCGCAAGUUAAGGGAAAAGUUUAACCCAGCUAAAAUAUCUGAAAAGGAGUUUUUAUACAAAUAUAGAGUAACCCGGGAACUGUAUGAAGUGUUAUGCGAUGAAUUAACACCAUUAUUGAAGCCAAAGAAAAGCUGCACAGGUCUGGACCCUAAGUUAAAGAUCCUAGCAGCAUUAAACUACUACGCCUGGGGCCAUUUACGUGGAGUUAACAAUAGACGCUGCAGGAUGUUGCUCUCUAAGCAGUCCAGGACUCGCUGUACAGGAGAAGUGACACGGGCUCUGAAUGAUCCCAGCAUUAUAGAGAAAUUCAUACAAUUCCCAGAGACUCAGGAGGACAGAGAAAUGAAUAAACAGAAAUAUUACGAGAAGUUCGGGUUCCCGAAUGUGUUGGGCUGUGUAGACAGUACCCACGUGCUUGUCCUGAAGCCUCCCACAGAGGACCACGUCUUGUACCUGAACAACAACAGCCAUACGGUGUUUUCGCAAAUUGUUUGCGACGCUGAUUGCAACAUCCUAAGUGUCGACUCGUCUCACGGUGGAGCGUCCAGUAAACAGAUUAUAUGGAGCUCGCACCCCCUUGCUCAUCACAUGCAGAAUCUUGAUGAUACUGCUUACAUUCUAGGAGACGCAAGCUAUGCCCAACAAGACUACCUAAUGACACCGAUAAAAGAUCCCCCAAAAUUGACACCAGAAUUCAGAUACAACGUCAUCCACAAAGCAGCACACUCCACAGCCACGCAAACGAUACGGGAACUGAAAUCUAGAUGGCGGUGUCUCCUGGCUAACAAACCCCGAUACUUUUUUGACAUGAUGGGGAAAAUCUUUACAGCGUGUUGCGUUUUACAUAAUAUUUGUAACAUGGCGGGGUUGAAAGCUCCUGAGUUAACUUUAAAGGACGUUCGAGCUGAGAGAAGGAAAUACAAAUAUGCAACUCAUUGUGAUUAUGAGGACAGCUACACAGGUGUAGAAGCUAGGAAUCAGUUGGUCGAGUACUUUGAGACGGUGCGGUUUGUGCAGAAUAAUAAUAGAACAAAGUCUCGCAGUCGGAGGACGUAUUAAUUGUGUUUUACGGUUGAAGUUGCUCGAGUUGGUUUGCUAAAAGUUACGCGAGGUAGCCAUAAAACAUUGUUUUAUAUGUCCCACGAGUAAUCUAUUUAAAACUUUGUUUAGGUUUAUGAUUAUGUUUUUAUAAGGGUGCUUUUCCACCAGAAAUGUGCUAUGUAGCUAUGCUACGAAGAUGCGCGCCUCAAAGUUGCUGUGCGAGGACGAUGCGCAGCUCGAGUACGCGAUGUAUCGAAGCACAAAUCCAUAGUACUUAUCUUUCCAUAUAAAAAACAUAGCUUAGCUAAGUCCGUUUCCACCAGUGCUAAGCUAUGUGUACCAAUGAAUAUGAUAGGUGAAAGCCAAACGCAUCCACAGCAACGUAGCAUAGCACAUCUCUGGUGGAAAAGCACCAUAGGCUUGGUUAUGUACAAUAAGAUUAGUUUGUGCAAUAAGGAGUUUGAUGUAUUACAUAUAUGUAUAAUGGAUAAUAUGUACUUUAUGUAAGUGUAAUAAAUGCGAAAAUAUAGUAUUACGGA